AAGACACGGCCGAGAGAAAGGAGUGAAGAAAAAAAAUCGCAAGAUUCGCAAGGCAGGUCUUUGGUCUCUGCCAUGCGGGCAGAAAGUUCAACAACUGAUAGGACUCACACAAUCCGAUGACGUAAUGAUGUAACAGUGGCACACUGCCGGGCAGCUUCCACCUCAAAAAAAGACGAAGAUAACAAGCUACCUCCUCCCACCCAAAAGUCACCGGCACAUCCAUACCCCCUCUCCGGCCGGGCCCUCGUUUUGGGCGAUUUUAAGUCAUAUCAAAUGUUAAAAUAUAAAAGGAUGAGCCGCAGUCUCCAACGUCAGUAGCAUCCUCACUUGCUCGGUGCAACAAUGAAUCCUCUUUACACCCUUGGGGCCUUGUGCUUUGUCGCAGUAUGUUCUGCUGCCGUGUCGACCACUGAAAAGAGCGCGUUGAAAAAUGACAAACGCUCCCUCGACAGUUACGGCGGCUACGGCGGGUCCGUAGGCUCAAGUUACGGAGGCUCCAGUGGAGGCUACGGCAGCUACGGCGGUUCCUCCCUCGGAAGCAGCUACGGCGGUUCCUCCCUCGGAAGCAGCUACGGCAGUUCCUCCCUCGGAAGCAGCUACGGCAGUUCCUCCCUCGGAAGCAGCUACGGCGGUUCCUCCCUCGGAAGCGGCUACGGUAGCAGCUUCAACGCCCCCGCCCUACAGCACGGUUUCGUCCCAAGCGCAGGGCCCUAUGGGCCAGCCAUAAGCGGCGGAAGCUACGGUGGUAGCUACGGCAGCGGCUACUCAGACGCCUCAUACGGAUCCGCUGGCAUCUCUGGCGCCUCUUACGGUGGUGCUUCCUACGGUGGUUCUUCCUUCGGUGGUGCUUCCUACGGCGGUGGCUACGAAGAGACCGGCCCUGCCCAGCUUCUCGCCAAGCAUGUCCACGUCCACAAGAAAUACGGAAUCCCCGUCGCUAAGCCCUACCCAGUGCACGUCACCAACACCGUCCAAGUCCCAGUCCCACAACCUUACCCUGUCCACGUCCCCAAGCCCUACCCAGUCCACAAGCCAUACCCAGUUCCCGUCCGCGUCGAGAAACCAGUCCCAGUGCCAGUUGUUAAGCACGUGCCCGUCCAUGUCCCUCACCCUGUCCCCGUCCCAGUGGCCAAGCCAGUUCCCGUCCCUGUAGCCCGCCCAGUGCCAGUUCCUGUACACAAGACCGUCCAAGUUCCUCACCCAGUACCCGUUCCCGUUACCGUCCACAAACCAGUCUACGUUCAAGCCCCUGCUGUUUCCCACGGCUCCGGUGUUGUCUGUGAUACCUCCUCCUCCAUCGGCGCCGGUAGCGUAGGCAGUGUUGGCUCCUUCGGCGGAUCUUACGGAGGUGCAUCCUUCGGCUCUGGAGUCGGUUCCUACGGAUCCGGCUUUGACAGUGGAUCUUACGGAGGUGCUUCUCUCGGAGGCGCAUCUUACGGAGGCGCAUCCUACGGAUCCGGCUAUGACACUGGAUCUUACGGAGGUGCUUCUCUUGGAGGUGCAUCUUACGGAGGAUCUUACGGAUCUGGUGCUGGAUCUCUCAGCUCAUACGGAUCUCAUGGCUCAAUUGAAUCCAUCGGAUCUGGAGCCUCCUACGGUGGCAUCUCAUCUGGUUCCUACGGUGGAUCUUACGGAUCUGGUGGUCUUGAAUCUGUCGGAGGUUCUUACGGAAGCGGGGCCUCUUAUGGAGGCGGCUCAUCUUACGGUGGAUCGUACGGAAGUGGAGCUUCCUACGGCGGAUCUUAUGGUUCCUCCGGCGACGCCAACGCCUGGAAAAACGAUUAAUUGAUACUCGUGCGAUCUCUAAAAGACUGAGAUGUGACCCUCACAGAAAGUAUCUCUCCUCACAGACCCACGAAAGAUCGGGCUGUAAAUCAUCCAGCGUGUACAUCCAUUAAGUGCAGAACGAGGACGAGCUUUACUACCCUCAUUGCAAGGCGCUGUGAAAACAAGGGACUGUUGGGGAAAAGCAAAAAAAAGUCAAUCAUUGUUCAACCUGAAGUUACCAUGUUCCACGUUACCAGUCGAACUUGUUCGUUACCUCCUUUUCGUUCGGCUAGUUCAAUCCUAUUUCAUUAUGUUAAUGAAAUUAAUGCACCAAGUGACGGCUAGUGAAUUUGCCGCAAAUUGUAGUCGUACACUUGUGCAAUAUUACGAAGUCAUUUGUAUAGUUUUUUAAAAUAAAUUUUAAUUACUAUUAGUAAA